GCGGCAAAAAAGAUUUCGCGCGAAAACCGUCCGAGCCUUGUUUAGAUGUAGAUCAGCUGGGACAAUAACAACAAUAACAGCCGAUAACGGGGUCGGGACGGCGCUUUUUAUACGUGGACUGCGUGCGGUGUGAACGACCAAAGGACCCGCUGCUGCUGCUUUAGAGGAUGCGCGCGUACUUCGCCGCUUUCUUUGCUUACAUUUCCAGUUUUGUCGGACUGCUUCCUGCGUGCCCCAACAAAACGAGGGGGUUGAAGAAUUGCGGCUAAUAAGUUAGCUAGCAUGCUAAUCUGCCCUAUAUUCCAUAGUCGUCCGAUAUACGUGUGCACUCUGCCGAACUACCUGUGGCUUUAUCACACACACCGUCAGAGAGGCUUCUGAGCUGCCGUGAUGCCUUUUGUGCCGUGGAUAUUUUAUGCCGAUAGCUCACUUCUGGAAUGCUGCUUAUAAAGUUGUAAUAGCCAUUUAAUUAAGCUCUGUCUUCGCUGUAAGGAGAAAUAAUUGUGUUCUGUGUCAUUAAGUGGGUAGUUAGCCUGCUACGUCGGGUUUAUUGUGAACUUGUGCCGGUCUUUGUUGUUUGGACACAAGCUAGCUCGCUAGCAGGGCUGGUAGCUGUGUCGGGGGCAGUGUGGCCAGGCCUCGCGGCUCUACUGUACUGACAGGAGAGAUGAUAACAAAAGAUUAGCUUGCUCUCUUGCUAGCUCGCUAACCCCCAGCGUGUAUUACUGCCAUUUAUUCCUGCUUUCUUCUGUAAUAUCUCAGCGGCUCAAGCCUCGGCUCGCAGAGGUUGCGCGCAUUCUGUAAUAUCAUUUGCCAGAUUUCCUGUUUGGCAGAACAUCCUGUCUUUUGCUGUUUUGGCGUCCGCUUAAAGUAGUUUCCAGCCCGUUAGCGUCCACUAUGUUGUCGUUUGUGUUCAAGUGAUGUAGUUAGUCGUAAAUUACAUGUAGUAGCUCGAUUAUAAACAUUAAGGUGGGCAAAGAGAGCUAUAGGAACUUUUUAGAGAAAUGUUCAAGCUGCCUGUAAACACCUGCAGGCAAACUUUCAGAAGAUCUCGUCGCUGCUCCUUAAAUUCACUGAGCACACCCGGUAGGUGUUGAUCCUGUUUUAGUUCGUGGCCCCUCAGCACCCCUGAAGGGCUCCUCAGUGACACACUGCCAUGUCAGAGACCCUGAUAACAGGCCAGACAUCGGAGGAUCUGUUGGCCGACUUUGAGACUUUGCUCAACUCUGGGAGUAUUGAGCUGGGCGAGGACCACCAGAUUGUGAUCAUCACCAGCCCCAGCAAUGAGGGACUCCACCCGGCCGCUGCUCCCUCCAGCACGGGGGAAAUCCUGCUGUUUGCCACGCCGCAGGGCCCCGCUGAUGUGGGGAUCCAGGACAAGAGACGACCGGUGCUGGGAAGACCUCCGGUAAAGAGGAAGUUGGACCUGGACAGUGACCAUCAGUAUGUCAGCACAACUCGACCGUCCAUAGGCCAAGCACCGCCCUCCACACCUGCACCUCCCAGAGUUCCUCGAAGCACAGCGGAGAAGUCACGUUACGACACGUCCUUGAACCUGACCACCAAGCGCUUUCUGAACCUGCUGUCCCAGUCGGCCGACGGCGUGGUGGAUCUGAACUGGGCCUCGCAGGUCCUCGAUGUCCAGAAGAGACGCAUCUACGACAUAACCAACGUUCUGGAGGGAAUCCAGCUCAUCUCCAAGAAGUCCAAGAACAACAUCCAGUGGCUGGGCAAUCGAGUCGAUACAGCUUUGGUUUCCCGGCAUAAGGAGUUGCAGAAGGAGGUGUGUGACCUCACGGAGGCUGAGGAGCAGCUGGACGAGCUCAUUUCCAAAUGCAACCUGCAGCUCCGAAUGCUCACAGAGGACCCGCAGAACAAGAAGUUAGGCUACGUGCGCUGUCAGGACUUGAGGAAGUCGUUUGAUUCCCCGGACCAGCUCGUCAUGGUGAUCAGAGCUCCACCAGAGACCCAGAUGCAAGUCACAGAACCCAGCAAGGGUUACCAGGUGUCCCUGAAGAGCACACGUGGACCAAUCGACGUCUUCCUCUGUCCAGAGGACAGCUCCGGCGUCUGCAGCCCCGUGACAGGAAGUAGUCCCUCGAAACCCAAUGCCGACCCCUCCCUGGUCCAACCUCCCGCACAAACCGCAGACCAAUCACAAGCCAGAAUGUCCACGACCGCCCCGGAAGUGGGUUUGUCAUCGCCAGCGUCCACGUCGUCCACGGUGACGGCAGCCUCGCAGCAGGACCCCUCGUCACUGGUGUUAGGUGGUGACACGGAGUCGCUCCUGGGAGGCGACCCGUUCGCCAGCCUCGGAGACAUGCCUGAUUUUGACUUCUCGCCGCUCUCCUCCUCGGACUUCCUGAACGGAGAGGGCUUCUCUCUCCCGGACGGUUUCAUCAACCUGUCGCCCCCUCACAGCCACGACUACCACUUUGGACUGGAGGACCACGAAGGCAUCAGUGAACUGUUCGACUGUGACUUCGGGGACUUAUCGCAGGUUUUGGGGGACAGUUAGAUGGAAGACGGAGGCGAGGAGCUCGUGGGUUUCCCUGUUUAGGACACGUCCUCUGUUCCCUGGGGGGGGGUGGCUUCUAAUGGAGGACUGGAAAUCAGCGUUUUAUAGACAGAUCUUCGUCAGAAAACCCAGACGGUGUGUCGCGGGGUGUGGGGAAAAUGUCAUGUGUCGUAAUUGGCUGUCAUUCCUGAAAUGCUUCUUCCAAAGUCUCAAAAAAAAAAAAAAAAAAGUCCCCCAAAUUGUACAGCACAUAAUUAGCACUUCUCUUUGGCCAUUGCAACAUUUUAGACCAAGACUUUAGCUUUAGUAUAGCUAUUUAAAUUAUUUAUAUGAAUGUUAUUUUGAUAAUUCGUACCGGGCGAGUGUUGUUUGUUUGUCGUCGUUGUUGAUAACGUUUUAUCCGGGUGGACUGUGCAGGUGUUUGUGUGUGUGUGGAGUAUGAACUCAUCGGGCUGGUUUCCUUAACACAGACUAGCUUACAUGCUGCAGCUCAUAAGGCCGGUUUCUCGGACGGAUCCAGUCUGAGUGUUUUUUUCUCUCAAAAAUGGAAAAGCCUCUGCGGAGAAACCAGCGUUACGAGCUGAGCCGAUUCAGUGCUGGGCUGUCCCAAAAGCAUCUUGGAGCUAUGGUGCAGUUUCCCCCAUAGUGAUAAAAGUCAUCACAGGCACAAACGUAAAGGCUUCUCCAUCGAUUAACUAUAUUCGUCCAAAACACUGGAAUCCUGAAGGACUGCUUUCUCGAAAGUCUCUGCGUCUGACAGCGACAUACGAGGUGUCGUUGCCGCUAACAUAAUGGUAAGAGGUCCGGCUCGAGGUCCAUUUCUGAUUGUCUUCCGAACCCCUCUGACCAACACAUGGGCCGUCUUCAUGGAUCUGAACACAAACAAGGACUAAAGAUGCUUUUGGGGACCCUCAACUUUCUUGAAAUUGUUUGUAACAAUAUUUAGACGAUCAUGAGAGAGAGUUAGGGCCACUAACUCUCAGAUGACAAUUAUUUCCACAUAAUUCUAAUUUUUAAACUUUUUUUUUUUUAACCAGAAAAAAAAAUGUGUUUAAAAAUCUGAAUUCUGAGUUUAAGGUCGGAAACCUGAGGGGAAAAAAAAAAAAGUCAGAGUUGUGACUGUGGAUGUUUCAUGUUUUUCUUCAAAAGACACAUUUCCUUUGGUCGUCUGGAGAGAAGCCAUUCAAAGAGUCUGAAGGACAGGGGCAGAGGCAGUAAUGUGGUUUUGAAGGAGACACAAACAAAUCAAAUCUGAAAGGUCAGCAUGUUGAGUUGGUGUGUCGGAAACCAUAACAGUUUGCUGCAGUCAUGUUAGCGAGUCAAAACUAAUACUGAACCUGCUGUUUCUCUAUUAGUUUGCUAGGCGUUUAGCCAUAGUCUCAGGUGUUCGGAGCAGAGCGAAGUCUUAAAUCGAUUGUUUGGUUUUUUUUUUUGCGAAUUGCAAGCGUGUGUGAGAGUGUAACCGUUUUAGAUGCAUCUCAUUGGGUGUCGUGUAGGUUGACAAUAGGUUUUUACAGGUGUGGGAAAUGCUUGCAGAAGGUGUGUGUGUGUGUGUGUGUUUUAUUUGUUUUUUUUUUCUUUCACCUUUUUUAGCCAUGAGCUCAAAAGUAAAAGAUUCACCAGAUGCCUGCAGGUGAAAUAUCCCCAAACCACCCAUCUGUUAUUGUCUCGUGGACAACUCGUACGCUUCUCGACUGCCCGUCUCUCUGAAAGCGCUCAGUUGUUGUCUGUUUAUCAUGGCAGGGGAUUCACACACAGCUGCUUCGCCUCUGCGGAUCUGAUCAGUGGUAAAGCGGCGAUGACUCCACGGAAGGGUUUGAGUAGACGCGAUGGGCUCCUGUUAUGUUAAAUAUGCACUUCAAAUCAUUCGAGUAAGUCAAUGUUCAUGCCUUAAAUCAGUGACCUCUGCCUUGUGAAGGGACGCACCAGUCAUAUCCUAUCUCCGCCCACCCACUUUGGAUCAAUUCCCUCUUGUUUUUGUACAGUAGUCGCAUCAGGCUCCGUCUUCACUUUCAUUGAUUUCCAGUCGAAACAAGCAGCAAUAACAAAAGAUUUUUAUUUUUUUUUCCACAUCAUUUAUGAGUAUAAGAUGGCUACACAUCUGUACUGUUCUGGUUAGAAAUGUCUGCAUCAAACUUUUUUUCUGUUUUUCCUUCUUUGUUCUAAGUUAUGUAAGCUAAUUUUGCAUUCCUGAAGUAUUUGGUUUUAGUGUGUGUGUGUGUGUGUGUGUGUGUGUGUGUGUGUGGAAAUUGUUUGUUGAAUUUCAUAUUUAUUUAAGAAAAAAAGUUUUAAGAGAAAAAAGAGGUACUUUUUUUUUUUUCAUUAAUUUUCUGGCAGGAAGCAACUUUAGACCUUUUACGUGGUAAAUUUAAGCUAAUUGUGCAUUUGCAAAUGUGUCCUUUAGUGGUGAGAAGAAGUACUUUGUCUGUAAAUUAGCAUCUCAUUAGUUAGGUUUAUAUUUUGCCAUGUUUUGUCUCCCAUAGAGAAUAUAUUCCCCCGUCCUACCUGUUGUGCAUGUGCAACCUUUGCAUUGGUAAAUGAUGCAAAAAAAAAAAAAAAUUAUAUAUUUUUUUUCAGAAGACGAAUAUUCAGAAAUACAAAAUAUUUGUCAUUUUGACUGAACUGACUAAUGUGUAACUUAAUGAAUAUUGUUUUGAAUCAGGGCUUUCUCCUUCACAUCACGUUAGAUUGAAGUGAUCUCCAUGUUGCAGGCAACAUUGCUAAUCUAAGGUUGUACAUGUAUUCUAUUGUAGCCUUUGGGUGCCUCAGACUGCCAUGUCAGUGUGUGAAAACCCUACAACUAGUCAUCUUUUGUUUUCUUAAAUGUGUCCUCUCAUGUCAGCUCUCUGGAAACCUGAGAAUCCAGUGUGUGACAUCGACAGCAUCAGAGGGGUUUUCAAGUGACGGCAGCGCUGCGGGCCACUGAAAUGUUGGGCUUCAUUUAUAACCUGUGUAACCCUUAGAUUGUAUCGUACUCUUUUGAAACCGAUCAACUUUAUUCGCGGAGUGUGAGCAGUUCAUCUCGUCGGCGUUUCGUCAAAUUGUUUCGUCGUGUUUUGGUUCUCUGCAGGACGAACGCAGUGCCUUGUUGAGGUGAAACUUUUAUUGUCAACGGAUAUUCAAUCAGGAUUUUGUUGUGCGUGCGGCCGUGGUGAUGGAAUGCAAUGUUUUGAGGUGUUUUGUUUGGGGAAAAAAGAAAAAGUUCAAGUUUUUAUUGUACCAGGGUUGAAAUCAAGUCACCUUCAUUUAAAGUGAAAGAAGAUACUUACUUGCAUGUAUCUUUGGGAAUUAUAGGCACGACCCAUUAUUCUGAGAAAAUAGUUGAGGGCUAAUUCAUAAUGUAAUAUGAGAUUUGAUCUGAGGUAUACAACACUAUGAAUAUCAGUUAAACGUUCAUUUUUAAUUGAAAAACAUUUCUGUGGUUUAAACAGAUCGAAAGUGGAUUGAUUUCAACCCUGAUCCAGUCGCUGUUCAAAGUGCUUUUAAGGGAAACUUAUCCAGCAACUUAACAAUCAAUCACAGUUAUUCAGUUUUUUUGUUCUACAGAUCUUAUUUUUGUCACUACAUACUGGGUAAAAACAAAACAAAACAAAAAAUGACAGGUUUGUACUUGCAAAUUAUUAAUGGGCCCCAAUACGCCCUUUUGUAUCAAAUUUGCUUUGACAAAAAUAAAAAGUUAACUAUUUUUAUUCGA